AUGGAUUUCGAACUCGAACCAACGCUUGAGUCUAUCAUCAAGCAAGAUUCCUUGAAAUGGAUCUUCGUCGGAGGAAAAGGUGGUGUUGGUAAAACCACGACCUCCUCCUCGAUUGCCACACAAUUGGCGUUGGCAUACCCAAACGAAGAGUUCUUGCUUAUUUCUACGGACCCAGCUCACAACUUGUCGGAUGCCUUCUGCCAGAAAUUCGGCAAGGACGCUAGAAAAGUCGAAGGCUUAGCCAACCUCUCGUGUAUGGAAAUUGACCCUGAUGCGGCCAUGACCGAUUUGCAGAACCAGGCUCAGCAAUACAACAGUGAUCCUAACGAUCCUUUGAAGAGCAUGAUGAGCGACAUGACGGGCUCCAUUCCAGGUAUUGACGAGGCGUUGUCUUUUAUGGAGGUGUUGAAACAUAUUAAAAACCAAAAGACGGCUGACGGUGAGACCGAUCAGAACGCCGUCUCGUACAAAACCAUCAUUUUCGACACUGCACCCACAGGUCACACGUUGCGCUUUUUGCAGCUCCCCGCCACCAUGGAAAAAUUGUUGUCCAAAUUCAAGGACUUGUCCGGAAAGUUGGGCCCAAUGUUGAACAUGUUGGGUGGCGGAGCGUCUCAGCAACAAGACAUUUUUGGUAAAUUAAGCGAGAUUGAAGAAAACGUGGCCGUCGUUAACGAGCAGUUCACUAACCCCGAUUUGACCACAUUUGUGUGUGUGUGUAUUUCCGAGUUCUUGUCGCUUUACGAAACCGAGCGCAUGAUCCAGGAGUUGAUGAGCUACAAUAUGGAUGUUAACUCCAUUGUAGUGAACCAGUUGUUGUUUGCCGAGUCCGACGACUGCAAACGGUGCCAAUCCCGCUGGAAGAUGCAGAAAAAGUAUUUGGACCAGAUGGCCGAGUUGUAUGAAGACUACCACGUGGUCAAGAUGCCGUUACUUGGAAGCGAGAUCCGUGGCGUGCCAAAUUUGAAAAAGUUUUCCAAGUUUCUUUUGAAGCCAUACGACCCCAAGGUGGAUGGCAAUAUUGUGUUUGAGUUGGAGGAGGCUAAGUGA